AACGAACCAGAACGAGACACAGACUACCACGAACAGUCUAAUAAGCUGAACUAAACCUUUCAAUGUUAAGUGUGUCGGUUAAUUAUGGACUUCUAUUAGUUCUACAUGAGCUAGGCUUAACAUUCUAUGUCAGUGUAACUACUAUUCGCGAACAGAUUUCUUUCAGUCGCAGGUUUGCCUAUCCAGCAAAACGGUCAACAACUUAAAAUUUCGCGACCAGUCAAAGUUAUUUUUAUAACAUUGCUAGGAUGAAGAGUGAUUGUGGAACAGCGGAAGAUGCAGUCGUGAUAUCAGGAAUUGCUGGGAGAUUUCCAAAAGCAAAUAAUGUACUUGAAUUCAGAAAAAAUUUGUGCGAAAAGGUUGACUGUACUACAAGUAAUCACGGACGAUGGAACAUCGACCAUCCUGCAAUACCGUCAAAAUUUGGAGUAAUUAGAGGUGUAGAGAAAUUUGAUCGUGUAUAUUUUGCUGUUCACGAAAAAUUAUCGAAGAAAAUGGAAGCAGCAGCAAAAUUGUUAUUAGAACAUUCAGUUGAGGCCAUCAUAGAUGCUGGUAUCAAUCCGAAUGAUUUGAAAGGAAGAAACGUGGCUGUAUAUGUCAAUACCAAUGUAACAGAGACACAAUCACUUUUUAGCGAUAUAAAGGCUGAUGGAUUUGAGAUAGUGGGCAGUGCUAAAGCUAUGAUUCCUAACAGAAUUUCAUUUUCUAUGGGUCUUACUGGAACUAGUAUACACAUAGAUGUUGGUAGUGCAGGAGGUAUAGCAACACUUGAGAAAGCUUUUCAUGCUUUGAAAAAUGACGAAUGCGAAGGCGCAAUUAUAGCAGGAGGCAUUAUGAUACUGCAGCCAGAAAUUGCUUUACAACUCAAACAACAAGGCCUUCUAUCAAGCGAAGGAAAAUCCAGAAGCUUUGAUGAUAACGCCACGGGUCACUUUCGUAGCGACGGUGUUGCUGCUAUGUAUUUGCAAAAAGCAAAAAACGCUAAGCGUAUUUAUAUGGAAGUAAUGGGUGCGCGUGCGACUCAUACAGACUGCAUUAAAGUCAAUAGUUUCUUAUUCCCGAAAUUGGACAGUCAAGUUAAAUUGAUGAAACAAGUACUGAAUGAUUGUGGGUUAUCUCCAGACGAUAUUGCAUAUUUAGAGGCAAGUGGUUUUGCUAUUAAAUCCAUUGAUGCAGAUGAACUUGAAGCUAUCGAUAGGGUAUACGGCAAAAGAAAAGAACCGCUAUACGUUAGUUCUGUUAUAUCAAAUGUUGGAAAUGCUACACCAGUGAAUGCGUAUAAUGCGAUUGUGAAGGCAAUAUUAGGAAUGGAAGAUAAAAAAAUAUUACCAAAUUUGAAUUAUGAAAAGCCCAAUUCCAAAGCUUCAGGUUUAAUUAGUGGCAGGUUACGCGUACCUACAGAAGUAACUCCUGUGAAAGGUCAAUACGUGGCUAUAAAUAUAAUAUCAGAAUCUGGAGUGUUCGCAAGCGCGAUUUUAAAAUCUCCUGACAUUAAGAAAACGAACAACGAUCCAAAAGAUGAACUUCCACGACUUGUCGUUGUAUCGGGUCGUACGGAAGAAGCCAUUGAUGCAAUUCUGACAUUUCUGGAAACUAAUCCAGUUGACGUUGAAUUGUGCCAAAUGCUUAACGAUCUUUUUGAAUUCGGAGUGGAGAAGCAUAUACAAAAAGGGUAUACUAUACUGCCUGCAAAUGGGGUUCUUCAUAAAAAGUUACAAAUUCGAGGAACCAAUGCUUUUACUGGAGUAAAGCGUCAAGUCUGGUGGGUUUUUUCAGGCAUGGGCUCACAAUGGGCUGGCAUGGGGACAGAACUUUUAAAAAUAGCUGUAUUCAACUAUGCCAUAAAGAAGUGUGAUAACGUCUUGAAGCCAUUAGGAUACGAUAUAUACAAAAUCAUAACUGAUAAAGAUCCGAAAAUGUUUGACAAUAUAAUUCAUUCUUUUAUUGGCAUUGCUGCAGUUCAAAUUGGUUUAGUGGAUGUUCUAAGAUUUGUCGGUCUUGAACCGGAUUUUAUUAUUGGCCAUUCGGUAGGUGAACUUGGGUGCGCUUAUGCAGAUGGUUGCGUUACCGCCGAACAGAUGAUACUGGCAGCUUUAUCACGCGGUUUAGCUUCAAAAGAAGUGGAUUUGAUCCCUGGUUCAAUGGCGGCAGUAGGUCUUGGGUAUGAUGCUGUAAAGCCGCUGUGUCCACCUGACAUCGAUGUAGCCUGCCAUAACGGACCCGACAGUACAACAAUAUCUGGGCCUGCAGAGUCUAUGAAAAAAUUUGUUGCUUCUUUGACGGCCAAGGGAAUAUUUGCCAGGGAGGUGGCAAGUAGUGGCAUUGCUUAUCAUAGCAGAUACAUAGCUCCUGCAGGUCCCAAACUUCUGGAGCGUUUACAACAGGUUAUACCGAAUCCUAAUCCUCGUAGCGCAAAGUGGGUAAGUACUUCGGUGCCCAAAGCAGAAUGGAACUCUUUGAAGGCUCGCUUGUGUUCCGCUGAAUAUCAUACGAACAACUUGUUGAGUCCGGUCUUGUUUGAUGAAACGGCUCGCCAAAUACCAAAUGGCUCAAUUUGCAUUGAAAUUGCACCCCAUGGGCUUUUACAAGCAAUUCUUAAGAAAUCUUUACAUUCGAGUUGCACGAAUAUUGCACUGACUAAGAGGGGUCACUAUGACAAUUCAGCACUCGUAUUAGCUGCUCUAGGUAAAAUGUACGCUUUGGAUUUAAAUCCAAAAAUAUCGAACUUGUACCCAAAGAUCAAGUACCCUGUUGGUACAGGAACACCAAGUAUUUCACCCCUUAUAAAAUGGGACCACACAAAUCAAAAUUGUAUAGACUACUACGAAUCCAAGAUGAGUGUGAUUGAAGGAGAGAAAACAAUAGAAAUUGAUCUUAACAAAGCUGAUCAUGACUUCUUAAAUGCAAACACAAUCAAUGGAAAAAUUGUUACUCCUCUUUCAUCUUGCUUAAAUACAGCUUGGGAAACGUUAAAAAAUUGGCAAACUCUUAAUACAAAAGAACCCGAUGCAAAAGAGAUUCUCAAUGUUGUUUUUGACGAUAUCAAAGUUUACAAAUCGGUUUUAAACAUUCCCGAUGAUAACAUAGUUAAAGUAUUAGUAGCAGUUUUAAAAGGAACUGGAAGAAUUGAAAUAAUUGACGAGAAAUCUAGAGAAAUUAUAGCAUCUGCUGUAAUAAAAUCAACUACCGCUCCAAGCCAAGAGCGAUUUGAUAUAGAAAAUUCGAAAUAUAGAAAACUAGAAAAAUAUGAAAUCGAUCAAGAAGAUUUUUAUACUGAGAUGGAAAUGCGCGGUUUUAAUUACUCAAAAGUCUUUAAAAAUGUUCUACGAACGACGUCUGAUGGGUCUAACGGAAUAGUCAGAUGGGACAACAAUUGGGUUACUUUUAUAGACAGUGUUUUACAAUUAUAUGCUUUUGGAAAUGAUACUCGUCAAGCACUUGUCCCAGUAUCAAUUCGUAAAAUAGUUAUUGAUAUCAAUAAACAAGUAAAUGAAGUGAAUGAUUCUGAUGAAGUUAAUGUCAUGAUUGACAGAAGUCUUAACUAUAUAUCUGCUGGCGGGUUGGAAAUUCAAGGCUUACAAUUUGCCAGAUUACCGAAACAACACGAGCAAAGUUAUAUGAGCAACGAUGUGCCUACAGUUGUGCCAAAUAUAGAUAACUCAAGCACACCCUUACCCGUUGUUUUACGCUUGGUUUUACAAAUAAUCAUCGAAAAUAACUUUUCUGAAAAACUGCAAAGAAUUGAGUUGGUUGGUGAUAGAGAUUCUAAUAAUAUGAAACUUAUCCAAAAUGCUUUUGUCGAUGUACCAGAAAUCAAUUGGUUUAAACAAGAUAUCACUUCUUUGGAAUCAGCCACGUAUGGUAACAUUCUGACAAUUAUAAUUAGCAAUGCUAACGACUAUAACAUUGAAGAAAUAUCUAACAGAUUGAAUGAAGGCAAAUUCCUUUUGAUGAAUUUACCAAAUGCUAAACAAGAUUCCUACUUAAACUCAGUUGGAAAAUUUGGUCUUAUGCCCGUUUUCUUACGUAAGACAGAAAAUGAAACGGUGGUUUUAUUACGCAAAAUACGUUUGACUAGGAAAAUUCAUAAAAUACAUAUUACUGAAAGCAAUAAACAAUCUGCAGAAAUGAUUUGUAAAUCUGCAAAGAACUUGCCUGACAGCGAAAGGGUUGCUGUUUUAAUACAAUCAAAUCAAAAUGUAAAUAGUGCGAUAAGUGAAAUCGUGCAACAAAUAGAGCUUACAGGAUUCAAUCUUAGCAAAAUUAGAAUAUUCCUUUUCCACGGAGUAAAAGGUAUCGAAGAUUCAAUUGCUGAGGAAUUUUACAAACAUCAGUUAGAGUUAGAUUUGUUGAUAAAUAUCUUGACUCCUCAAAAAGUUUGGGCUACUUUGCGCCGAACAACAGCGAUUCUGAACGAAAAAAUGUGUCAAACGUGGGCUGCAAAUCAGACCAGUCUUAACAAGCCACUCAGCAUUAGCUGGACUGAAGGACGUCCUCUCGAUAGUAUUGGCAAUUCAGUUCAAGUUGAAUAUUCAACUAUAAAUCCUCAAGACCUACUUAUAGCUGACGGCAGUUUCUACGUAGAGGGUCUCGAAAAAUCGAGAAUUGAACAAAUAGGAGUAGGAUUGGAGUAUUCUGGAAUAGAUCAAAAACUGAGCAGGGUUAUGGGAAUUACUUGUGGAAAUUCUGUAGCGAAUUUUGUUAACGUCAACCCAACAUGGAUGUGGGACGUACCUAAAACUUGGAGUUUCGAAGAUGCAGUUACGGUUCCAUUAUCAUACGUUUUGGCUUAUUGGGCUCUUAUAGUCAAAGCAGAAGCCGAAGCUAAGGAAAGAGUAUUGGUCACAAAUGUUUGCGAUGGAAUUAGUUUGGCUACGAUAAAUUUAGCUCUGCACAAGAAAUGCGACGUUUUUGUGGCUUACGAAAGGGAGUCGGAAAAGGAAAUGAUAAGUCUUACAUUUCCUCAGAUACAAUCAAACCGUUUAUUCAAACUGACCAAUAACUCUUUCAGAGAUGAGAUCCUUCUUCAAACUAAAGGAGAAGGUGUAAACGUUGUAAUUGCCAACCAAUGCGAAAUCAAGCAAUUGGAAGUAUUUUUCAGUGCAAUCAAACAAAACGCCCGUGCUGUAGUAAUCAGCGACCUUAAUAAUUCCGAAAUCCACGGUAAAGUGGGAAUGUACAUUUUCUUGAAAGAGCUCAACUUUUUCUCAGUCGUGCCCAAGAAGGUACUGCUUUCAGAUUUAAAAAUCAAAAAAAUGUUAGCCAACAUGGUCCAGGAAGGUAUCAAUAUUGGCUCUGUAAAACCUUUACCUAGGAGAGUUUAUCAACGAGAAUCGUUGGCUGAAGCUUUGAAUACUUGCUUGGCGAAGGAAAAUUUAGGAAAGAUCGUUAUUAAAGUAGCUCCGAAAGAUGCAAAGAUGGAAUGCCAAGAUGCCUUGGCCAUUCCCCGUUUACACUGUUUAGACAGAAAAUCUUAUCUUGUUAUCGAAGGUUUGACAACUUUUGGUCUCGAAUUGAUUGAUUGGCUGAUUACGCGAGGCGCUAGACAGAUCGUUGUAGCAUCGUCAAUGAAAAUAGAAAACGGUUUCCAGAAUUUGCGCAUAAGAAUUUGGCAAGGUUACGGCGUAAAAAUAAAUUUGCAUACUGAAACUGAUCUUGCAGAGCAAAAAAGCAUCAAAGCACUGUUCAAAGAUGCUUCAUCUCUCGGAGCUAUCGAUGCCAUUUUUGACUUAAGGCGAAUUGAUUUUGAAAAGCAUAAAUUUUUAAGCAACGCUUUAGAUUCGACAACGAAAAUUUUAGAUCAAGAAUCGCGUAAUCUUUGCUCCGAACUUCGCCUCUUCGUCGUAUGCUCAGCAGUUGCUAAUGCAGGAGCUUUGGCGAACACACGAAAAACAGAUCGAUAUUCUAUUACGAGUUUUGAACAAAAGUUAGUGGAUGAAAUAGUCGAGAAAAGAAAAAAAGACGGCCUUCCUGGAUUGAUUGUAAGAUUGGGACUCGUAAACUCUACUCAUACCAACUCGAAUAACCUUACUAAAAAUAUUGUCUUGCCUGCAUGCAGCAAAUAUGUCUUAAAACUCGAUGAAAUUUUCGGUACAAAUGAAAAUAUCGUUGAAGUAUCAUCCUUCGUGUCUCUCGCUAAUGAGAUUGAAGAAUACGUGGAUCCUAGUAAGAGAAAUUUGAAUGAUGAAGACAGACUUAAAAAAUUAUUUGCAGAUGACCUCCACGGCCCAAAUUGCAAAAUUGUUCACAUAUUGAAGAUGCUUUGACGAGAUACAAUAUACGUUAGGAAUAAUAUAAAGUAAAUCAUGCAUGUAUGUGAAUAAUCGUUAUGAAUUACUGGAUUAUUAUUUUUGUUUAUUUGCAAAUUUAAUCACACAAUGAUUUAAGUAUUGACUAUAUAAGCAGAAAAAGUUUCCUUACGGUAGUACUACCGGUAGGUAGCUGGUCAAAACAGAUUUCACUUUUUAUUGCUUAAUUAUUUGUGGAAUAUACUUAAUAAUAGAGAUUUCAUAAGUCAUGGUACAACAAAUAAUGAUUUUACAUUUGUAUUAAGCGAUUCUAUUUAUCAUAAUUACGAAUAAAAAGUUUCAGACAGGAGCUGAUUUAAAUAAUUUUUUGAGGUUAAGUGUACAUUUUUGAACUUUUAUUUGUUUAUUACUACGCUCAUAGGCUCCAAACCAUUUCUUACAAGCAGUUACAUUAUUUGUUAGUUGUUUUAACUAACUUUUAGCAAAAUUUAAGUCAAUUCUGAAUUCAGUCUUUCUUUAUAGUAAAAGCUACUUAUACACCAAAUUUUAUCAUUUACUGAACCGACAAUCUUUUACCCGUAGUGCGUCCUUAAGGUUUCUUAAUAGAAAUCUAAAGAGCAUAAGUCUGUCACAUACCAUUUGUUAUUUAAUUGCGCACGGAUAAUGCGAAAUUUACAAUAAAAUAGUGAGAAUUAUAAUGUUUGUUUGAGCGACAAUCUCUCUCUUUAUGCUUAGUGCCACCAACACUAGACAUAUGGUCAUACUAGCACAGCUAUACUUUCUGCUAUUAUUAAUGCGACGGCUAUAACAGCCGUGACUGGUAUUGGUAUCUACUGGAUCAAAGUUGCAGAGCAAAUUUCCUCAUAGUGAACGAAAAAAAUUGUAACAAUUUUUGCGUUGAUGUUUUGCUUGAACAAAUAAAGAUGUUUUGAAAAAUUUA